AUGGCAGAUAUCCAAGUCGAACCCGUCACAAACCCCGAGGACUUCACCGAAGCCUUUGCCUGCAUCGCCGCCGCUUUCGGCCGUCAGACUCGUGAUGGCAUCUGGAUCGCCAUGAACCCAGGGUGGGAUACGCCUGAGGGCGAAGCUGCUGGUAUUAAACGCCUCGUUGACCGCUGGUCUUCGGUCACGCGAAACCGCGACGGAGACCUCAACACCGUCUUCCUCAAGGCGACUCUCCCCGACUCCGAAGGUCGCCGUGUUAUUGCUGGUUUCGCUAUUUGGCAGCAGUGUUCAGUUGUUGAAGGCUACGGUGAUCCUCAGCCUGAAGACUUCAGCAAGGUUAUGGACCUGGAUACUCUUUACCCGGGAAACAAAGCUGAGCAGCGCUACCUCGUUCAAUUGGACCGCUCACUCCACGGACGCCGCAUUGAGGUCAUCAAGGAAAAGGUCACUGCAUCUCCGCCUGCAGUCAUGGUGUUUGACCUCUGCGUCGUCGACCCUGCUCAUCAGAGGAAGGGUAUUGCUCAGCGGUUGGUGCAAUGGGGUCUUGAUGAGGCCAAGCGACGGGGUGGAUUGGAGGCCAUCACCGAGGCAUCGAGCAUGGGGCGCAAGGCAUAUAUCAAGAUGGGAUUCCAGCCUGAGGGCGAUGAGAUGGUCUAUCACGUUGACCCUGAAUUCAAGGAUCGUGAUUUACCGUCCAACCUAUUCAUGAGGACGGGUGGGCAAUGA